GAAGCAGCACUCAGAACUGUGACGUCAUCACAUUAUGGCGCAGGAAGUGUGAACAGGUGCCUGUUGUUAUUCGAUAAAAAUGGUUCCCAUCACAUUUUUGGUUAAUAAUCUCUCUGGUUAUCAGGUUUUUUUAAGGAUUAACUAUUGUCAAGGUUAACAAAACUUGAUUGGAGUGACCUUUGGGUCACAGAAAAUUGGAUGUUAUUGAGAUUUUUCCGAUGGCUGGAUCUGAGACUGUUUUUCCAACCGAAAAUUUUGAAGCUUGCCAACAAAGCUGGAACCUUAACCAAACUGUUAAUAACGAUCCUUUGUACUUACAACUAGAAAAGUUGAAUAAAAGUUUGGAAACUGAUCCAUAUGAUGAGAAGACAUUAGGACGUAAAGUUAAACUUCUGUGUCGACUUGGAAAAUUUGAUGCUGCUUUAUCAUUUGCAACACAGUGGGCAGAAAUCAUUCCUAAUAGUACAAAAGCUUCAGUAGAACUUAACAGAAUCAAGAAUGUAAUUGUAGCGUUGCAGGAACAGGAUAUUGAUGAUGAUUAUGAAGUUUAUGACAACACCAUGAAUGCCAACUUAGAAUCCCAUCUUAAAAGACUCUCCCCUGAAGGGGAAGAGAGAAAGGACUCCUUUCACAGUCCUCAGUCUUCAACCUUAUGUUUACCCACUGGAGAUGGAAAUCGAUUAUUGGAUUCUACCAACAAUGUUUCUACAAAUUCCCAUGGUCCCUAUAACCAUGCAGAAGAUACGAUUCAGUCUUCCAGAAAUGUUUCUGAAGAAUUUGGUUAUUGGUGUAAAAUUUGUGAUUUGGAGUUUAAAAAGAGAUCAGACUUAGAAAACCAUUGGCUCUGUGAUGUUCACAGAAAACAAGUCAAUGGAGGGGAAAAUAUUACCUUGGAAUGUAGUUUUUGUGAACUUGUGUUCCGAAAUCAAGCAGAACUGGAAAUUCACUGUAGAGGAGAUCUACAUAAAAAAAGGAUUACCUCUGAUGAUAGCUGUGACUGGUUGUAUCGAGCACCUCCUAGAGGUUUGCGAGCAGAAGAAUAUACCAUGUGUGUUCGUUUCCUGGAAACUGGUAAGUGCUCUUACAGUGAAAACUGUACUCAAGCUCAUUCCGAAGAUGAAUUACAAGAGUGGAAGGACAGGUUUGAAUUUAAGAAACAGUCACUUCAAAAGGCUCGGGACAAGCAACUUCAUGGAAUUUCUUACAUGGAAAAAUUGGCUGAAAAGUUGUUACUUUCAGAAAAUCCUGAAUCUUUGCUUGUUUCCAAUUUGGAUUAUGUGAAGUUACACAUAAAUUCUGACUUGAAAGUAAAUAUGUCCAAUAAGAAGUGUACUAAUUCUUGGACUUUUACUGUUACUAGUAAGGUAUGUCUUCACAGAGUAAUCUUGUUGGAUGACAAUAGUCGGCUAUUUUUCCGCAUUUCCAGCAUUUCUAUUGGUCCACGUAAAGCCCAAAAACAUCAAAACAUUGAAAAUCUUUGCCAAGAAUGGGUUAAUUAUGAAGCAUAUCAAACAAAGAACAUACCAAGUCCAAGUACUGUAGAGAAUGUCUAUAGGAUCAAGGUGGUCUUCAAGACAAAUAUCUAUGGUACAUUUCGUCAGAUUAUUGUUUUUGAUUUUGGAACUGACCCUCUACUUUCGAAAGAAAUGCAUGUUGAAUCUGCUCCUAUCCCUGAAGGAGAUAAACUUUCAAAAGACUUAAUGUCAUUUGAUGCAAACAGAUGGAAUGAAUUCAAUAUAGAUUUGGUGAAGUUUGAACCACAUCCUCUUCCUUUAUCUGAAAAAGAAGAAUUUCUGCUGGAGGAAUAUCCUCUACCAGAUCCCAAUAAACUACAAAUGCGAGAAGUGAUAUCGCAAGCUUUCUGUCGAGAAAAUUACAGGCAAUGGAUGCAUGACCUCUUGUAUUUUGAAGAACUUACACAAUUUGGUUUAAUUUCUCGGUUCAACAUUAAAGUUACUUUGCAGAUUGUGAAUCGAUUCAUGUUAGUUCCUGGUGGGUACCGUUUAGCAAAAUUCAGUUCAGAUGGUCAGUUAUUUGCAAGAAUGAAACUUGAAAAUGAACUUUCUGAAGAUACAAUGCAUGGUCGAUUGAUUUUGCAGAGUGCUAAUGCUGUGUGGUUUUCAUCUUGUUAUUCAUAUGAAAACAAUUCUCAAAAAAAUGAUGUUGAAAAGGUUUAUGAGGCUAUAAUAGAAGAUAAAGGUAAAGAUUUUGUCUUCUUCCGUUUAUCAUCCAAAAGUGUAUGUGAUCUUCAACUGAAAGCUGAUCAAGAAUUAACAGCUCAUGUGCAGUUUCAGUUGAAUCGGUUACCUAAAUGUGAAAUGCAUCAUGCCAUUGAUAACUUACCUGAUCUGGACAUUGUAUUCCCCCAUAUGUCACACGCUCCUAGUGUUCCCUGGGAAAUUGAUAGUUCUUUGGAAGGUCUGCUUGAUUCCCGGGUGAAUGAGAAACAACGACAAGCUAUUGCAGGAAUAAUAGCGGAUUCUAAUGGUGUGCGUUUACCACCUUUAUUGUUGCUUGGGCCUUAUGGAACAGGAAAGACCUUCACACUUGCCCAAGCUGCCAAACUUGCCCUUCAGAAGAAAGGAACUCGAAUAAUGAUCUGUACCCAUUCAAAUAGUGCGGCUGAUCUGUACAUUAAAGAAUUUUUCGACCCUUAUGUAACAAGUGGACACCCUGAAGCACGACCUCUCCGUAUCUAUUUCCGUAAACGAUGGGUACUCACUGUUCCUAGCUCAGUGAUCAAGUACUCAUUACUGCAGCCUGAUUCAACAUUCCGAGUCCCCACAGUUGAAGACUUGAAAAAUCAUCGAGUUAUUAUAACAACUCUUAAUCAAUCUCGAAUCAUUUAUGAUUUGAAUUUGGGUCCAGAUUUUUUCACACACAUUUUCCUUGAUGAAGCUGCUCAAGUCAUGGAAACUGAAAGUCUUAUCCCAUUGGGUCUUGCUGGAGUGAAUACAAAAGUAGUCUUAGCUGGAGAUCAUAUGCAAAUGAGUCCCGAGAUAUAUGCUGAUUAUGCUCGGCAGAGAAAUUUUCACCGCUCAUUGCUUGAAAGACUUUAUGAAGACUAUCCCAUAGAGUCUCCUUGUAGGAUUAUGCUCCAUGAAAACUAUCGUUCAACCAUUGAACUUGUAAACUUCACAUCUAGUCUUUUUUAUGAUAACAAACUAAUUUCGGCGGGGCAGGAAUCACGCCAUCCCCUCUACUGGCCAUUUACGUUUUUCACUGCUAAAGGUGAAGAAGUACAGCACCAAAAUAGUACAGGAUUCUUUAAUAUUGCAGAGGUUUAUGAGGUGGCAGAAAGAGUCACAGAAUUAGUGAAAAGUUGGCCCGCUGAGUGGGAGCCAUUUGGUGAAAACAGCAUUGGUGUGGUAACUCCCUAUGGUGACCAAGUACAAAAAAUAAGAACAGAACUCCGAAAACGAGAUUUAGGUGGUGUUUCUGUUGAAAGAGUUGUAAAUGUUCAAGGCAAACAGUUCAGAGUAAUAGUACUGAGUACUGUGCGUACAAGACACACAUGUAGUACAGAAGGAAAUUUGGAAGACAUAAUCGACUAUGGUUUCUUGUCUAAUGUCAAACUCUUGAACACUGCAAUCACUCGGGCCCAGUCACUUGUUGCUGUUAUUGGAGAUCCUGUGUCUCUUUGUCUUGUCGGAAAAUGCAGAAAAAUCUGGGAACAUUUAUUGGAGGCUGCUACAAAAAAUGGUAGCUUAAUCGGAAUGAGUUGGACUCAACUCAGAGGCCAGUUGGAUGGAGCUGAAAUAAAGAAGACCUAUGUUCUCAAUCCUUUAGCACCAGAAUUUGUCCCAAGUCGCCAGCUACGCUCUCAUCUUUUAGAUGACGAACCUUUUUUUGAUCCUGCUGUGAUUAAUCCAUAUGGACCAAUAAAAGUUCCCACAUUCUCCACUAUGCCCUUCUAUUCCCGAUAUUCAUACCCGCUGUACCCUCAGCUGUAUCCUCCUUAUGCUCCAUUUUAUCCAGGACCUUACUAUGGCUUGUAUCCAAUGUAUCCUGGUUAUCCAAAUGUUCCUGGUCAGUCUUUAAAUGGACGCAAUACUCCACCAAUGCCAUUAUCUUCUCGGCAGCAGCAUACUCCAUCUCCUCUCCAUAGCCAGCAGCGUCCUAAAGUAAAGCCACCUGCUGUAACCCAACCUGUCCCAACUCCAGCUCCUCCACCAUUACCUGCUGAUGUUGGAACAUCUGAAGGGAAAAACUUAGAUUCCUCCAAACAAUUAGCCAAAACUGCUAAACUCACUAAAGGUCAGCCAGUUAUGUACAUGCCACCCAACCCUUACCAAAACUCCUUUCUACCACUCUGCCUACCGUUACAGCAGUUUUAUCCUCCAGAUGACCAUAGGAUGAUUAUGGUUCCUCCAAGGUUUCCCAGUAGCCCCUAUUUAGGUAGUCCUGCUUUUAUGACUCCAUCAAAAUAUUUAGGUGUGUCACGUCCUAUCACUGGACGAAACGGCACAUAUUCUCAUAACCGUUGCAACCCAACCAAUCGAACGGAUCGGAAUCAUUUCUGUAUGAAAGAUCCUCUGUUACCACCUUCAUCGUCACCAAGUUCCACAGCUACUGGUCAAGUGAUCCAACUUCUACCAAAUGUUAAGCAUGUACCAUCAUACUUAUUGUCACGGCAACAAAUAGGAAGUUCGAAUGAAAGCUCUCGUACAAACACUCCGAUAUCUACGAAUAUCACCGAUGACUUUUCAUUACACUUAAAACCUGAUCUCACUGAUGACCAUCAUGUAGAAAUGCCAACCAACAGCAGAUCAGUAACACCAAUUGAACAUUCCUGGGGACAAAUUGGCCACAACAAGAAAUCUCUAAAUGGUGAUUUGCACAAGCAUAUUCUUCAGAAUGAAGACCAUUCUGCUUCCAAUCAAGGCAAAUCUUUGACAUUACGUCAGAUUAUUGGUGUAGAUAAAAUUAAAGAAAGAGAACCAUGCUCACCAUUUUAUCCUGUUAGAGAAUUUGCUGAGCAAAUCGUUGACAAUGACCAUAUUAUUAAGCCUUCCCCUAUGAGAUCCCAGCAAGCUUCAGUUCGGAAUUUUGAAGUACCCAACAGCUUGGACAAUAUCACCCUAUUGCACCAACCAGUUAUUGAUGAUCACCUGAGAAAGAUGAAUACUUCCAAGCUAGAUUUACCAUUACAUAAACUUGCAGAAAGUAAUGGCACCAGCCCUAUUGGCCAACAUAAUGGUCUCAAAGACUUCCAGCCAUUACGUUUCUCCACCGGGUUUAGUCAUCAGUUCAAUGACGAUUUAGAAACCCCAACUACAGUGUUAAAUGUUGUAAAAAUGUUAGAUGAAAGUCCUGAGAAGGAAGUCGAACGGGAUCUAAAUGCCCUCAGCAGGCAGACAAUGCAACCUCAAUCCAACUACUCAAACAACAUGUCUCUAGAUUUGGAACUACAAAGGCAUGUUAACAAACUUGGACAACCACCACCAUCAGUUUCAGAAAUGAAAACCAACCAAGUAUGUGGUAGUUACAAUAUUCAUCAUGUUCAAGGAGGAGAAUCUCAGAUUCCACCCAGCUUGAUGUGGCCACUGAGAACUCGGCUGUAUGAUCGCUCUGCAGUUAUACAGCCGAGCACAGUGGAGGAAACUCAAAAGUUCAUAGAACCACUCACACCUCACACUCCAGCAGGUUACAAUACUCUUGGAGAUACUGAUCUGGAUUCUCUUUCAUUUCUCAGAGACUUAAAUAUUGGGGAAACACCUGAACUACAAGCUGAAAGUCUGUAUUAAAUAAAUAGUUACGCUUUUAUCAUCAACUUCGUAAAUUGUUUCGUUGACAUAUUGAAGUCUGAUUAAAUUGUUAUGUGUACAUUUAAUGAGAGUCCAAUUAAAAUAUCGGCAAUGGCAGCUAAUAAUAGCAUGCAAGUUCUCGUUGGUUGUCCUGCCCCCUCCCCCUCCCUCUCUUCUGUUUUGUUUCUUUAUUUCCUUUUUAAAUAUAUUUUAUUUAUAUUUUUAUUGCUUCUAAUUUUUUUUUGUUUCAAAUGCUUUUAUAGCUGGGUUUUUUUUUUGCAUAUUUGUCACAAUAAUAAUAAUUAUUCAUAAUACUAAACUGCCAUGAAAAUAUUGAACACCCAUGGAAAAUUAUAAAAUUAUUGGCAAGUUGGAGUUAUAAACCUAUAUUCCUAAUCACUUUCUUUAAAUGAAGUCUGAAAACAUUUUAGACAUUUUUUUUUUUUCGAUAUGAAAUAAUUCUCUGGAAAAAGAAAAUGCUUUAGAUAUUUUCAUCACUACUAUUAUAAUCAUUUUAUUUCACCAAAACACUUAAUUGAUAAUUACUUUAAUUAUAUCUACAAGAAAUUAGGUGUCGGAAAUAUUCAACAUAUUCUUGUUUACUCUCUUUUCCUAUAUUUUAAUAUUAUUUCUUAUCUUAUUUAUUUUUAUCAUGCAUUACAUUUUAAUUUUUAAAUUUCAUUUACUUAUUUUCUCCCAUAUUACUUUUGUUUAUUUUUUUUUUAUUUCCAAAAUUAUGGAAUUAAGUUACCCAGUAGUACAUAAAAAAAAAAGCUUUAUUUAAAGAUAAGUUUGCUAUCUAAUGUUACCAGGGCAUGGCCAACUUUUAGACCUUCAUG